AUGUCUGUGGAGAAUGAUGGUGGUGUGACAAAGAGGCCUGGAAUGGGGAUGGGGAUUUCUGCGGGGCGGGGGUCGGGAGAGGUCGAGAUGAGGCGUGGCAUGAGAGAGGAAGAUAAGCAGGCCCAAGUGAGAAGCCGGUACUGUGAAAACGGCUUUAUCUCUUCACCUCAGUCGCCUAAUCACAAGCCCCUCACUUUUAAUCGCCAAAUCUUCCGGUUGACCCGACAAGCCCAGUUGCUGGCACUGUACCUCACACACUGA